GGCGGUGGCGGGGGCCAGUUAGUGCGGAGCUGCGGCGCGGGCAGCGAGCGCAGCAGCCAGCGCGACUCCCGGGCGCACCACAGGAUCCACGCGACCCGCGCACCGAGCCCCUAGCCCCGACCCCCGCCGUCGCCGCAGGGCGUCUUCUGCGCCUCCCGGAGUUCCGAGCAUCUCCCGCGAGGCCACUCUCGGGGCCAGGAGCGGGGAGGCGGAGUGCGAGAGACCCCGAGCGCAGCCCCUUCCGCCGCCCGGAACACCAUGACCCACUUCAAUAAGGGCCCUUCCUACGGGCUGUCGGCCGAGGUUAAGAACAAGAUUGCUUCCAAGUAUGAUCACCAGGCAGAGGAAGAUCUUCGUAAUUGGAUAGAAGAGGUGACAGGCAUGAGCAUUGGCCCUAACUUCCAGCUGGGUCUGAAGGAUGGCAUCAUCCUCUGCGAACUCAUAAACAAGUUACAGCCAGGCUCCGUGAAGAAGGUCAAUGAGUCCUCAUUAAACUGGCCUCAGUUGGAAAAUAUUGGCAACUUCAUUAAAGCUAUUCAGGCUUAUGGUAUGAAGCCACAUGACAUAUUUGAAGCAAAUGAUCUUUUUGAGAAUGGAAACAUGACCCAGGUUCAGACUACACUGGUGGCUCUAGCAGGUCUGGCUAAAACAAAAGGAUUCCACACAACUAUUGACAUUGGAGUUAAGUAUGCAGAAAAACAAACAAGACGUUUUGAUGAAGGAAAAUUAAAGGCAGGCCAAAGUGUAAUUGGUUUGCAGAUGGGAACAAACAAAUGUGCCAGCCAGGCAGGUAUGACAGCCUAUGGAACUAGGCGGCAUCUUUAUGAUCCCAAAAUGCAAACUGACAAACCUUUUGACCAGACCACUAUCAGUCUGCAAAUGGGUACCAACAAAGGAGCCAGCCAGGCUGGGAUGUUAGCACCAGGUACCAGAAGAGACAUCUACGAUCAGAAGCUAACAUUACAGCCAAUGGACAACUCGACAAUUUCCCUACAGAUGGGUACCAACAAAGUUGCUUCCCAGAAAGGAAUGAGUGUGUAUGGGCUUGGGCGGCAAGUGUAUGAUCCCAAAUACUGUGCUGCUCCGACAGAACCUGUCAUUCACAAUGGAAGCCAAGGCACAGGAACAAAUGGGUCGGAAAUCAGUGAUAGUGAUUAUCAGGCAGAAUACCCAGAUGAAUAUCAUGGCGAGUACCCAGAUGACUACCCCAGAGAUUACCAAUAUGGCGACCAAGGCAUUGAUUAUUAGAUUGACAUAGAGGAGCUCAGUAUUUAGUCCAUCGUUUUUAUUCAGUGAGAACCAAGCUAGCCUUGAGUAAUUUUUUAUCUUGUCUUCCUAAAACACUAUUAUGCUUAUUGUAUCUUAAAAAAAAUGCCUUACAUACAUUCCUUUCUCCUUUCUCUGCCUCUUCCCUAAAUAGUUGCCUUUUAGUGCUGUAACAGUUAAAUCCUACAGCAUAACCAGUAACUUGUGCAUAUGAAGUAAAAAGGAAUACUGUGAAAGGGGAGUCCUCUUGUACAGCCAAUUCUUCUAUUAAAGAUCUAUGCAUUUUUUACAAUCUUACACUUAAACUGGUAUUUUCCAACAAUAGGAGAUUUUCUUUUUUUACAGUUUAGUGUAUCUGGUUUCUACAUGGAAGACUAAACUCGUGCUUAUUGCUAAAUGUGGUCUUUGCCAACUAAAUCUAAGAUGCAGCAUUUUAGAAUUUUACAUAUCAAUGUUUCUACAGUAUUGUUUGCUAAUUUUUAAAUAAAGUCUUGAUCAGUGUGCA